GCGUGUGGGAGCCCGUAGUUACCCCACUCCGCUUCGAUUUCCCGCCAGCAGGGUGUCGCCCGACACGCUGCGGAUACCCAAGUGCGGGAGAGGUUCCUGGUGCACACAUAAAACUAAACACCCCACCUCCUCGUCUCGUCCGCACCUCUCCCCCUUCGCAUUCCCCUCCCCAAAGAUUCUGCUGCUGCAGCGAUCCCGAACCUGUUGUCCGCCUGCACCACUCGUAACACCGCAAACAUGGGUUUCUCCGACGUGGACCAGCUCGCGAUCAACACGAUCCGUAUCCUGGCGGCCGAUGCGACCUUCAAGGCCAAUUCGGGCCACCCGGGUGCCCCGAUGGGCAUGGCUCCCGCCGCCCACGUUCUCUUCAACAAGAUCAUGAGAUUCAACCCCAAGAACCCCAAGUGGGUCAACCGGGAUCGCUUCGUCCUCUCCAACGGGCAUGGCUGCAUGCUCCAGUAUGCCCUCCUUCACCUCUACGGCUACGACGUCUCGAUAGACGACCUGAAGGCCUUCCGUACGGUCGACAGCAUCACUCCCGGCCACCCCGAAGCCCACGACACUCCCGGCGUGGAGGUCACCACCGGCCCGCUCGGCCAGGGUAUCAGUAACGCGGUCGGUCUGGCCAUUGCCCAGGCGCACACCGCUGCCGUCUUCAACAAGCCGGGCUUCGACCUGAUCGACAACUACACCUACUGCUUCCUGGGGGAUGGCUGCUUGAUGGAGGGUGUCUCGGCCGAGGCCUGUUCUCUGGCCGGCCACCUUCAGCUCGGCAACCUCAUCGCCGUCUGGGAUGACAACCACAUCACCAUCGACGGCGACACCAACCAGGCCUUCACCGAGGACGUGCUGAAGCGGUACGAGUCGUACGGCUGGCACGUGCUGACCGUCGAGGACGGUGACCACGACCUCGCCGGCAUCGAGGCCGCCAUCAAGAAGGCGCAGGAGGUCAAGGACAAGCCCACGCUCAUCCAGCUCAAGACCACCAUCGGCUUCGGCUCCAAACAGCAGGGCACCCACGGCGUCCACGGCUCGCCGCUCAAGGCCGACGACAUCAAGCAGCUCAAGGAGAAGUUCGGUUUCAACCCGGAGCAGAGCUUCGUCGUGCCCCAGGAGGUGUACGACAUCUGCCACAAGGCGGCCGCCGCCGGCGCUGCCGCCGAAGAGGAGUGGAACAAGCUCUUCGCCAAGUACGGCGAGCAGUACAAGGCCGAGCACGACGAACUGGCCCGCCGCCUCCGGGGCGAUCUCCCGGAGGGCUGGGAGAAGCACCUCCCCACCUACACCCCCGCCGACGCGGCUGUCGCGUCGCGGAAGCUUUCCGAGACCGUUCUCAACAAGAUCUUCGAGGCCGUCCCCGAGCUGGUGGGCGGCUCGGCCGACCUGACGGGCUCCAACCUGACCCGGUGGAAGGGCGCCAUCGAUUUCCAGCCGCCCGCGACCGGCCUCGGCACCUACGCCGGCCGGUACAUCCGCUUCGGUGUGCGUGAGCACGGUAUGGGCGCCAUCCUGAACGGCAUGGCUGCCUACGGCACCGUCAUUCCCUACGGCGGCACCUUCCUCAACUUCGUCUCGUACGCGGCCGGCGCUGUCCGUCUGUCUGCCCUCUCGCGGGUGCGCGUCAUCUGGGUUGCGACGCACGACUCGAUCGGCCUCGGCGAGGACGGCCCGACGCACCAGCCCAUCGAGACGCUGACGCACUUCCGCGCGCUGCCCAACUGCAUGGUCUGGCGCCCGGCCGACGGCAACGAGACGAGCGCUGCUUACUACGUCGCGCUGGUGUCCAAGCACACGCCCAGCAUCCUCGCGCUCUCGCGCCAGAACCUGCCGCAACUCGAGGGCUCCGUCAUCGACAAGGCCAUCAAGGGCGGCUACGUCAUCCACGAGCAGGAGGGCGCCGACAUCACGCUGGUGUCGACCGGUUCCGAGGUGUGCAUCUGCAUCGACGCCGUCAAGGUGCUGGCCGAGAAGCACAACAUCAAGGCCCGCGUGGUCUCGAUGCCCUGCUUCGAGGUGUUCGACACGCAGCCCAAGGAGUACCAACUCAGCGUCCUGCCCGACGGCAUUCCGUCGCUGUCGGUCGAGGUCAUGAGCACCAUGGGCUGGGAGAGGUACACGCACGAGCAGUUCGGCCUCAACCGCUUCGGUGUCUCUGGCGCGUACAAGGACAUCUACAAGAAGUUCGAGUUCACCCCCGAGGGUGUCGCCAAGCGGGCCGUCGCGACCGUCAACUUCUGGAAGAACGUGCCGAACAUCCGGUCUCCCAUCAACCGCGCGUUCCAGCAGAUUCUCUAAACGGAGAGCGCAGGCAGCGGAGGAGGAUUAGGUCUAGCGAGAGAUGGCCAAGGAAUCGGCGAUAUAGCGAUAGACACGUUGUUUUGGCCGAGGAGAAAAAGAAAAAGAACUGGGUGGAAGGAACAUAUUAUGGCCCUUGGAAGGGUCUUACGACCAAUAUUUGUCGGAACAUUUUGGCGGUUGCGAACGGUCGCCAGCAUCUCCUGAUCUUUGGAAGCAAAUAGACUUAUGUGUUGUCAAUGACCUCGCUAGGUAAUGACAAGUCGUGAUGUUGCUUGAAAUGCGUGGGAUAGACUGGGUGAAAAAGGGGAAGAAACAAAUGGUUUGCCGCCAGAGACUGAGAGGACUUAUGGGCAGGGGGGCAGGGAGGGGCCCCGCCUUGGGAGACCCAUAUCGCAACCCGUUGUGGGGCGUUUUGU